GCGCCGCCGCGGCCCUUCAAAGUGUGGGAAGAUGGCGGCGGCGGCGGCGGCGGGUGCCGGCGGCCGGGCCGCGGUGCGGGGGCGGCGGCGGCGGGGCCGGCCCGCGGCCGAGGAGGAGCAGGACGCGGUGGUGCUGUCGGUGGCUGAGUGCCCGGUGUGCCGGCAGGCGCUGGUGGAGGCGGUGACGCCGCCAUGCCGCCACUCGCUCUGCCUCGCCUGCUUCCAGCGCUGCCUGCAGGGCCCGGGCCUCUGCUGCCCGCUGUGCCGCAGCCGCCUCUCCACACGGGCCCGGCGGCAGCAGGCCGAGCCCGCAGCCACCACGGCCGCCGGAGCAGCAGGCGGGGAGCAGCGGCCGCCGGACCAAGACUUUAUAUUCAGAGCACCCAUUAAAUUAAGCAAAACAGGAGAACUCCGAGAAGAAUAUGAAAGCCAGCUAAGGAAGCUGAGAGAAGAAAAGCUACAAGAAGAAAAGACAUCCGAGGAUCUGAUUCACAAGUUCAUUCUAGAUGACGUGGACGUAGGGAAAAGAAAAAUGGAGGAACAGCAGAAAAAAGAUGAGUCUGUAGUGCUGAAAGGGAGCCAAGACUGUUGUCCUGAACGUCUCUCGGAUUCCGAGAAUGAAGAACCCUUCCAGGGCAAGCAAACACAUCGCUCAGCUUUUGUCUCCAAGACCAGUGCCUACUCCUUUGCUUUCCUUUCAGGGAAUUUAAUCAACAAGGUGGAGAGGAGUCGGAGUUGCAACGACACCAUUCAGGAGAGAUCCAAGAGCAGGCAGAGAUCAGCCACCAAAACAAAGGUGCCGCCCGCGGCGGGCGCGUCCACGCCACUGCUGGGGGUGCUGUCGUCCUCGCAGAACCACCGCUGCCUGUCGGCCCCGGAGCUGACGGCCGAGAAGCGCCUGCUGCUCAGCGCCGUGUCCUCGCUGUCGGCGCUGCACCGGCCCGAGCGCUCCAUCAGCCCCGAGAGCAACGACAGCAUCUCCGAGGAGCUCAACCACUUCAAGCCCAUCGUCUGCUCCCCGUGCACGCCCCCCAAGAGGCUUCCCGACGGCAGAGUCCUGAGCCCCCUCAUCAUCAAAUCCACCCCCAGAAACCUGAACCGCAGCCUGCAGAAGCCAACGACCUACGAGGCCAGUCCCAGAAUACUGAAAAAAUGGGAGCAGAUAUUUCAGGAGCGUCAGAUCAAAAAGACUCUCUCCAAAGCAACCCUUACGUCCUUGGCUGCGGAGCCUGGGGAGGAUGUUGUGGUUGCCAACAUCACCAACUCCAGCAGUUGCACUAAGGAGGAGCCACAGGUGCAGGAUGAUCCCGUUCCACCUGACACAACGGCAGAGCCUCGCCCCGAGCUGGAUUUCUUCCCUUCCAUCAGUGAAACGAAGCUGGGCAGAGGGAGUGAGAAGAGCAGAAGUUCAGGUUCACAGGCCUUAACCACCGAUGCCGGUACUGCCGAACCAGAUGUGAGGUCAAACGUAACCCCCCUAAACACACGAGUGGCUGAAGUCCCAGACCUGAAAGCAAAUGCGGUCAUGGACAAAUCCUGUCUCAGCCUGGGCCCGAAAGUGCUGAGCAGGAGGCUCGUGGGCGUCAGCGCAGUGCUGCCUGACAGCAGCGCGCUCGGUGUCCCCAUCAAGCCACCGGGGAAGAAGCAGCUGAAAUACCUGAACAGCAGUGAGCUGAUCAACGUGCAGAACAGCACCUGCAGUUCCGUGGAGAACAUCCUCGGGGAGCAGCCGCCACUGCUGCGGCGGGGCCGCAAGCGACGCUGCAAAACAAAGCACCUGGAGCACAACGGCUCUGUCAAGAGACUGAGGCACGUGGUGGGGGAGGCGGGGCUGCCUGCCGAGGCCCGGGACGCGGAGCAGAAGCUCCAGCAGGAGGAGGAGGACAGGAGGCUGGCCCUGCACCUGCAGCGCAUUUUCGACAGCGAGAACAGGACCGUGGACAGGCGGAAAGUGCGCGUGGACCGGUAUCUGCUGCGGUCCAAGAGCACUCUGGGGGCCAAGUAGCACUCGGGACGAUGUUGCCUUUCUAGAGGACAAUGAGGUUUAUCAGAUUAUCUUAUAGGAAAACUAUUUUUUGCCCUACUUCCACCCAUGCAAUUGUUUUUUCGUUUCGGUGGUAAGACAUUUCUAGGUCCAGUUCAGAGAGAAGCCAGCGUCCUUUCAGAUUUACCAAAAAAAAAAGAGAGAGAGAGAAUGAGAAAAAACAUCCUCCUGUCCUCUCUGGUCCGUUGGUCUGAAGGAAUUGUCUGUCAUCCCUGUGAAUACCCUGCAAGGCCUCCACACGCCUGGGAUCCCCAGCUAGGAGGGUUGUGAAAAUGGGGUGUGAGGACCAUGCCUUGCCAAGAGAAGUCUGAGCUCUGCUCAUGGAAAUUGUCUGAGAGUCUUCUCCUCUCCCAUUUUCUCCCUCAGGCUGCAUCUGGUUGUGGAGGCAGCCUCUUAUCCACGCUCUGUAUUUCUCCUGGGGAGUCCUAAACAGAGCUCCCCCAUAGUACUUCCAAAUGAAUGUAUCUCACUGUCUGCAGCAGCAGUACAGGUCAUUCGUCACUUUCCUGAAGCAGAAAGCCAAAUGCAGUGAAAAGAAAGAUGUAAAAUAAGGAUUUUACUGAGAAACCUGCUAGGGGCUUGUAAUUUCAUGUUCGUGACAGGGAAGAGAGCUCAGGUGGAGCAGCUGGAGGCACACGCUGAGCACUGGGACCAGGGGGCUUUUCUCCUGGUCCGUGUCUUUCCCAAACCAAGAGGGUUUCCUCUUCUUCCCUACAGUACUGAAGAAAGGGAAGCGCUGGCCAGGGGGGUUCUGGAAGGACGCCCUCCCAGCUGCCACGUCUCUUGUUCAGCUCAGAGCUCUCAGCACAGCGGAGGCCUGUCCCUGUCCCUGUCCCUGUCCCUGUCCCUGUCCCUGUCCCUGUCCCUGCAUGUCCCAGAGCAGCAUCCCAGGAGAUCCGGUGCAUUGCUGCGCUCUCCAGGCAGCCCAGGACGGGAGCUGUCCCCAGCGCUGCCCUGGCCCUGCUCCAGUGUCCUGGCUCCAGGACCAAACACUAGGAGAGCUCAGGUGAGCGAUGCACUAAAAACAUCCAGGCAUGAGGCUGAGCGUGGAGCAGAGCUGGCUCACAGCCUGGGCCUGCUGGAGCGGGUGUUCUCUGCCCAGACGUGGCAGGCCACCCCCUGAGUGUUUCUAACUCUUCCAUGGAUUAAUUCCAUGGAUUAUUUCUGUUACACAGCUCAAAAAGUACCCUUCCAGCCGGGUCCCUGGACGCUGCCUUGCAGAGUAUUCACUGGGACCCUCGAGGCCAUGGGGACCUUUGUCCGGGGCGGGGUUGUGGCAUGGCCCAUCCUGGCCCCUGCGUGCCAGGUGGCAGGACUGUUCUUGGGAUGGGCACAGUGCAGGGGCAAACUUCCCUAUGGAUCCUGUGAAGGGAGCGCAGCCAGUGCACAGAAAUACACGGAUCUGAUCUAAGACAACUGCAUUGCCCAAUUUCCUUUGUCUAGAAAUGGUUGAAUCGUCUCCCUCCAUCUUAAACAGUCAAAAAGAAAACAGGAACUGGUUUUCUUUUUCACUGUAAGGACCCUGGCAGGGGUUUUUUCCCCUAAUUGAACUGGAUUAAAAAAAAAAAAAAAAAGCAGAAAAAAAAGAAAAAAAUCCUAUAUUUUAUUGGGUAAAAUUUAUAUAUUUUAAAUACUAUAUUUCAACAGACUGACACUUUUGUUUUGAGAAUCUUAUAGCAGUGAUUCCAUAAUAUAUAUCUCUAUCUCUGUAUCUCCUUGCCACACAAACUGCUGGAUGGUUGAAGUUGUAUCUGGGGCUGGUGAGACCUGGCCUGCUCUGCCUCCCCUGUGCCGCAGCCGCGGCAGUGCUGCUGGGAGCAGGCGCUUUUCACCCAAACCAAAACCUGCUCCUCUGUCCAGCUGGGAAUUAGAAGGAAAUUAAGGAAUUAGAGCCUUGACUGGACCUAGAAAAACAGCACCGAGAGAAGUAGAGAUGGCCUGGACCUGCCCUCAGAGUCAGGAGGGAAACCACAGCUUUAACUUGGAAUCCUUGCUGUUUUCCCAGCAUUUGGAGCUGCAAUAUGCACUUCCCAGGUGCAUUUAGAUUUAGAGUUAUUUUUACAGGCCCCCUUUUCUGCAGCUCAUCCCUAGAGCCCCAAAGAGACUUCCCUAAACAGUUUCCUUUUUCUCGUGGUAUUUGUGGGGGUUCAGCUGGGCCUGGGCUGCUUACACCACAAAAAAAUAGAUUUACACGCUGAAUGUAUCUUUUCUUUCCCCUCUUAAAACAGAUUUCACAGCCCCAUGCACUAGGCCAGUGUCUUAAACACCUUCUUUUGAAAAAAAUUUAUAAAUAUUUAGGGGGUUGUGCGUUAAUUUCCUGGUCCCAAAUCCAAGCUGGGCAGAGCUGUAGGAGGCAGUGCCUGGGCUGGAGCUUGUCCUCAGCCAAAAAAAGGAUUUGGGGGCAGCCGUGCCCCCAAACAGAUCCCAGCUCCCCGAGCAGCACACACAGGCCAAGGCAUCUGCGAUCAGCAAGACCUUUGGACGGGGAACCACAGUCGUGUCGUGGAAGGGCUGCGGGGAUGCAAAGCCAGGGUGAAUGUUUUAUUAAUUUAACACUCUCCAAGUUCAUGUAAGCUUGCAAAAAACAGCAAAAAUUGUAAAUAAUUGCACUCCAACGAGCAGGAAUACCCAGCCUCUCCCCUGUGAAGGUCAGAAAUUACACCACCUUUGCCAGAAAUCAUGCCAGCUGAGAAGGAAUGUACCUCCUGCUGAAUGGUGGAUGCAGCACGAGAUAAAACCAAGUAUUUAUUCACACUUCUCUGGAAGUCCUCUGUAACCCUCAGCUGCCUUCCCCCCGGGAUGAAGGUGUUCCGUGCUGGCUGUGGGGCAGCACGGCCGUGGGAGCAUCCUCCCAAAACGGGAAGCUGUGGAAUCCAGAGGGGCUGGGGGGCUCCGUGACGGAAGGACUGUGUCUGCCAAAGAUUCCACCGACUCCCAGAAAGUUUCUUUCUGACUCUGGAGCUCUCUGCCCGGGAAAAGCCGUACAGAAAGGUCCGUGUUUGGAGUCAGCGAGACGAGAUCAAUGAAGGAAAAGUGCCAAAAGGGAUCAUGCCAGGUGAUUGUAUGACGUUGUUCUAUAUUGUCAGUAUUUCUCUUCCAAUGCUGUUGUACAUGCAGUGCACACUAGUCAUGAAGUGUAGCUUGAGCAAGUGCUUCUUUGUAUUUUCUCAGUGAAAGCAAAGGGGGAGAUCGAAGCCUUAAAGACUCUCACUGAUUUUAGAAACAAGCCUUUAGCAAUGCUCCGAGGGCAGGCUCCGCCCGGGCCCUGCGGCUGCCCUGUCCCGUCUCCCGGGUGUCCCGCGGAAGGUCGGCAAAGAGCUCGUCCCACACGAGGGGAGACGUUUCGGGGAACCCGGACCCUGCGGCCCGGUGGGGACGCGAGACGGGAAGGACCCGCUGUCCGCGGUGGAGCCCCCGGGAUGUCCCGGGAAGUCCCGGGAUGGAGGCGCGGCUCGGAGCCGGGACCGUCCCCGCACGCACCCGCCAGCGCCCCGUGCCCGUGGAACCGCGACGCGUCCGCCCCGGGCUGGCUCCUCACUAUGCAAACGGGAACGCCUCCGGCUGGGCGCGGACGGGCCGCUUUCCUCGGGACUGGCUGUCAAACUGCUCCAAACCCAUGUGGAUGUCGCUACACCUUUUCUCCAGUACCGCUUUGAGCCGCUUUGUGUUCUCCGCUGGCUGCAGACCGUCACUGCCGAGCCCCGCGGCCUCACCGAACGUGUGACACAGCGACGGAAGGCACCAAAGGAGCGCGGACUUGCAUGUGUGGAAUGCGUGAGUGGAAUGACGUGCGGGCGUCUGUCAUGUUGUGGCUUCUGUUGUUUGAAACAGAGUAAAUCCUGCUUGUGAAACAAUUGUCACAAACCAGAAAUAUGCCAACAAAUGUGUACAAAUAACAGUGUUUGUUUUAACAGCAACCAGGACUUGAACUGCAGGGCAAAGGCCGAGGUUCAAACAGAAUAAAAACAGAUUCUGACAGUGAAACUCCCUGCUUCUUGCUGUGCUUGGAAACAAGCAGGAUCCUACUGCAGCUUGUCCCAGGCAGGUGACACUUGCCUCCAUCUGAAGGAGGGUGUGGAGUAGUUGUAGAAUCACAAAAUCUUUUGGCUGGAAAGGCUCAGAGACCCAAGUUCCGCUUCCUCUGGGGACAAACCCAUUUUAAUCCGAGGCUGAUGUGCUGGGUUUGGGCUGGGGUUAACCCAGCUGUAGAUCCAGGGAGCCCAGCAGGGUCUGUGUGGCACGGAGGCAGAGCUGAGCCCGCUCCCACUGGAACACAGCCAGGGAGAGGCAGGUGCUGCUCGCCCGUCCUAUCUGGAUCCCUGGCAUCUGCAGCAGGGCACACUCAAGCUG